AGCGCAGCGCGCAGCGGCCGGGCGAGCGGCAGGACAGCGGCACGGUGGCUGCGGAGGCGCGCGGAGGCGGUGGAGGGCCGCCCGGCUCCCCGCCCGCGGGGCUCGGACCCAGGGCGCGGGCCUGGCGCCCCCGGCCCGCAGUCCAUGCGCGCGCCAUGCUGCGCUACCUGCUCAAAACGCUCCUACAGAUGAACUUAUUUGCGGACUCGCUGGCCGGAGGCAUCUCCAACUCUAGCGAGCUCCUCCUGGGCUUCAACUCUUCGCUGGCGGCGCUCAACCACAGCCUGCUGCCCCCCGGCGACCCCUCCCUCAACGGGUCAAGGGUCGGGCCCGAGGACGCGAUGCCACGCAUAGUGGAGCAGCCGCCAGAUCUGCUGGUGUCCCGAGGCGAGCCGGCCACGCUGCCUUGCCGCGCGGAGGGCCGACCCCGGCCCAACAUCGAGUGGUACAAGAAUGGGGCGCGCGUGGCCACCGCGCGUGACGAUCCGCGCGCUCACCGCCUGCUGCUGCCCAGCGGGGCCCUCUUCUUCCCGCGCAUCGUGCACGGGCGCCGCGCGCGGCCCGACGAGGGGGUCUACACCUGCGUGGCGCGCAACUACCUGGGCGCAGCCGCCAGCAGAAACGCCUCGCUGGAGGUGGCGGUUCUGCGAGAUGACUUCCGGCAGUCUCCUGGGAACUUGGUGGUGGCCAUGGGGGAGCCAGCAGUGCUGGAGUGUGUGCCUCCUCGCGGCCACCCUGAGCCCACCGUGGCUUGGAAGAAGAACAGUGUGAGGGUCAAGGAGGAGGAAGGAAGGAUCACGAUCCGUGGGGGGAAGCUGAUGAUGUCACAUACACACAAGAGCGAUGCAGGGAUGUAUGUGUGCGUGGCCUCCAACAUGGCAGGAGAGCGAGAGAGCGGGGCAGCGGAACUUGUGGUGCUGGAGCGACCCUCAUUUUUGCGUAAACCAGUGAAUCAAGUGGUCCUGGCCAAUACCCCUGUGGAUUUCCCAUGUGAAGUGCAAGGGGAUCCCCCUCCAAAUCUGCGCUGGCACAAGGAGGAUGGGGAACUGCCCCCAGGCCGGUAUGAGAUCCGGAGUGAUCACAGCCUUUGGAUUGAGCGGGUGAGUGCUGAAGAUGAGGGGACUUACACCUGUGUGGCGGAGAACAGCGUGGGUCGUGCUGAAGCGUCUGGCUCUCUCAGCGUUCAUGUCCCACCCCAGCUGGUGACCCAGCCCCAGGACCAGAUGGCAGCUCCUGGAGAGAGUGUAACUUUCCACUGUGAGACUAAAGGCAACCCCCCGCCCGCCAUCUUCUGGCAGAAGGAGGGGAGUCAAGUUCUGCUUUUCCCUAAUCAGUCGCUUCAGCCCACAGGGCGCCUCUCUGUUUCCCCGAGAGGUCAGCUCAGCAUCACUGAAGUGCAGAGUGGGGAUGCUGGCUAUUAUGUGUGCCAGGCGGUCAGUGUGGCUGGCAGCAUCUUGGCCAAGGCUCUGCUGGAGGUAAAAGAAGCAUCCUUGGAUAGGCUGCCUCCUAUCAUCCUCCAGGGACCAGCCAAUCAAACGCUGGCACUAGGCUCUGCUGUGUGGCUGCCAUGCAGAGUGACAGGAAGUCCUCAACCCAGUGUCCAGUGGAAGAAGGAUGGGCAGUGGCUGAAGGAGGAUGGCCUCCGGCUCAGCCUAAUGACCAAUGGUACCCUGUAUAUUGCCAAUGUGCAGGAGACAGACCUGGGAUUUUACAGCUGUGUAGCCAAGAGUUCUACAGGGGAAACCACCUGGAGUGGCUCACUUCGGACUCAGGAAGACUGGGGAGUAUCAUCAGAACCCCCUGUAGAACCUAGCAGUCUCCCGGGGCCUCCUUCUCAGCCAGUGGUCACUGAGGUCACGAAGAACAGCAUCACCCUGACCUGGAAGCCCAACCCAGAGGCUGGGGCCACAGUUACCUCUUACGUGAUAGAGGCCUUCAGCCAAGCUGCUGGCAACACGUGGCGGACAGUGGCUGAUGGCGUGCAGCUGGAGACACACACGAUCAGUGGCCUGCAACCCAAUACUGUCUACCUGUUUCUGGUCCGAGCUGUGGGGUCCUGGGGUCUCAGUGAGCCCAGCCCUGUCUCAGAGCCUGUCCGCACUCAGGACAGCAGUCCCUCCAGGCCUGUAGAAGACCCAUGGAGAGGCCAGCAGGGACUGGCUGAAGUGGUUGUGCGAAUGCAGGAGCCCAUAGUCCUUGGGCCCCGAACCCUGCAAGUGUCCUGGACAAUAGAUGGCCCAGUCCAGCUGGUCCAAGGUUUCCGGGUGUCCUGGAGGAUCGCAGGCCCUGAUGGGGGAAGCUGGACAGUGCUAGACCUAGAGUCUCCAAACCAAAAGAGUGCUGUGCUAAGGGGACUCCCCCCAGGAACCCAAAUCCAGAUCAAGGUGCAAGCUCAAGGCCAGGAGGGGUUAGGGACUGAGAGCCCCUCUGUGACCAGGAGUACUCCUGAAGAGGCCCCCAGUAGUCCCCCGCAGCGAGUGUCAGUGACCUUGGGAAGUGAUGGCAAUGGCAGUAUCACUGUGUCCUGGGAACCUCCACUCUUCUCUCAGCAAAAUGGGAUCAUUAAGGAAUACCAGAUCUGGUGCCUGGGCAAUGAGAGUCGCCUCCACCUAAACCGGUCUGUGGCGGGCUGGGUACGCUCCACCGUGCUCCGAGGCCUGCAGCCGGGCCUCCUCUAUCGGACCCAGGUGGCAGCGGCCACCAGCGCUGGCGUGGGUGUGGCCAGUGCCCCGGUGUUGGUGCAGCUACCAUCCCCGCCGGAACCGGAGCCGGGGCUGGAGGUGAGCUCGGGGCUGGCUGAGCGGCUGGCGAGGGUGCUGCGGGAGCCUGCCUUCCUUGCGGGCAGCGGAGCUGCCUGCGGGGCGCUGCUCCUCGGGCUCUGCGCUGCCCUCUACCGGCGGCAGAAACAGCGCAAGGAGCUCUGUCACUACACAGCCUCCUUUGCUUACACACCGGCAGUGUCCUUCCCACACUCAGAGGGCCUUUCUGGAGCCAGUUCCAGGCCACCCAGAGGCCUUGGCCCUGCCCCUUACCCAUGGCUGGCAGACUCUUGGCCCCACCCAUCUCGAAGUCCCUCAGCCCAGGAACCCAGGGGAAGCUGCUGCCCCAGCAAUCCUGACCCAGAUGACAGAUACUACAAUGAAGCAGGGAUCUCCCUGUACUUGGCCCAGACGGCCCGGGCUCCUGCGGCUCCUGGAGAGGUUCCUGUUUACAGCACCAUUGACCCAGCUGGGGAGGAGCUGCGGACCUUCCACGGGGGCUUUCCCCAGCAACCACCGGAAGAUCCAGGCACCUGGAGUCAGUAUGCGCCUCCAGAAUGGACCCAGGGGGACGGUGGAGCCAGGGCAGGCAAAGUGAAGCUUCUGGGAAAGCCUGUGCAAAUGCCCUCUCUGAACUGGUCAGAAGGCCUGCCACCACCUCCCCCUUCCUGUGAACUGAGCUGCUUAGAGGGUCCUGAGGAGGAGCUGGAGGUGGGCUCAGGGCCAGAAGAGUGGUGCCCACCAAUGACCGAGAGAAGCCAGUUGGCAGAGGCCAGCUCCAGUGGACAGUGCCUGGUCUCCUCAUCCAGAAGGGAAACACCCUCUCCCACUCCUUCCUAUGGACGGCAGUCUACAGCCACUCUAACCCCUUCACCUCCUGACCCUCCCCAGCCACCCACUGACAUUCCCUGCCUGCAUCAGAUGCCCAGGAGGGCACCCUUGGCACCAAGCUCCCCUCUCAGUGCCUCCCAGCCCACUCUGAGUAGCCAUGAAGGAGGACUUGCUGGGCUGGGUGCUGGCCCCACGGCCUCUCAUCACCUCAGCCCCAGCCCCGCCAGCUCAGCCAGCAGUGCCCCUGGGAGAACCCGGCAGGUACCUGGGGAGAUGCCUUCACUUCAAGGACCCAGGGCUCGAUUCUGGAAGAAGCCCAAGGCCCUUCCUUAUAGGCGGGAACACAGUCCUGGAGACUUGCCACCCCCACCCUUGCCUCCACCGGAGGAAGAAGCUAGCUGGGCCAUGGGGCUGAGAGCAGCAGGCAGCGUCUCCUCCUUGGAGCGGGAGCGCAGUGGGGAGAGGAGGGCAGCGCAGGCAGCAGCUCUGGGCAGCCAGCAGUGCUCGCACCAAGAUGAAGAGUCUUGGUCCCCAUACAGCAGGCCGAGCUACCUGUCCCGGGGUCAGGGCACCAGCACUUGCUCCACAGCUGGCAGCACCUCUUCACGAGGUUCCAGCAGCUCUCGGGGUUCCCGGGGCCCAGGAAGGAGCCAGAGCCGGAGUCGGAGCCAAAGGCCAGGACAGAAGCGUCAAGAGGAACCGAGAUGA